CAUUCCUCAAAAAGGCCUUGAGAAGUUGUAGAUUAUUUAAACUCUACCAAGAAAGAAAGACUACUAUAGAUUGAUAGAUAGACAGAUGGGGAGAAGACCAUGUUGCUCUAAGGUAGGAAUCAAUAGAGGAGCAUGGUCUGCUCAGGAAGAUAGAAUCCUACGUAAUUACAUUAACAGACAUGGAGAAGGAAAAUGGAGAGACCUUGCUAAGAAAGCAGGUUUGAAUCGGUGUGGUAAGAGUUGCAGGCUUAGGUGGUUGAAUUAUUUGAGACCAGAUAUCAAGAGGGGCAAUAUUUCCACUGAUGAGGAAGAUCUGAUCAUCAGACUCCAUAAGCUCCUUGGAAACAGAUGGUCAAUCAUCGCUGGAAGGUUGCCUGGGCGAACAGACAACGAAAUCAAGAACUAUUGGAACACGAAAUUGAGUAAGAGGAUGAAAGCCCAGUCCAUUAAACUGACCACCCAAGUGAACCCUAAAAAACUUGAUGAGAAUAAGAAGAAUAAGGACUCCGCGGAACCACCGAUCAAGCCGGGACCCAAAGUGAAUGAACCCCACCAAGUGAUUCGAACCAAGGCGACACGAUGCACGGAGGUUUUUCUACUGCCGCAACAAGACGAAACGAUCAAGAAAGAUAUGGAGCCCAUGUGUUAUGGACCAUCUCCGACGUUCAUUCCCCACAAAGAUGAUUCCUUGAAUUUUUUGAUGGAUUUUGAUAUGGGGGAGCUUCUAGCAUGGGACGUUUUAGAUUCUGAUUUGGCGCAGCUUUGCGGUGACCCUGGAAUGAAGGAGAAUGUGAUUGGUGGAGAUGAUGGGGCCCAUGACUUGUCCUCAUGUUAUAAUGUUUAUCCCUUCUCAUUGAGUGAUGUAAUGCUUGAUGAUGGGAGGGGAAGAGAUUCUCUUGCAAGUAAUAAUGUAGCAUCAGGGCUAGAAAUUGCAUCCUUAAAUACUUGUUUGGAAGAGAUCUAAUGAUGUUUAGGGGGGGUCAUUU